UUCAGUCAAGUUCAAGCUAGUCGAGAGUUCUGACCGUCAUCGUCGUUGCAUUCGUGGUGGAAUUACUCCCUACGCGUUCUCCACUAUUCACGGAACUGUCGAGAAACCUAGAGAUCCAGCUCGAUCCAGUGAUCUACGCGUUCUUCACGGUAACGUUUCUUGCUACGAGUGAAUUUUCUUCCGCUCGACAACGCGUUAUAUUGUAUUAGUUAUUAACCCACUUUUAACAACUAUCAAAAUAUACGAUCGUCGUAAUUAAAACCUCUAAAUAAGCACUCCGACAUCAUAAAGAAUAAUGGAAAAGGAACAACAACGAAAUUCACACGUCUUUCUUAAAAGUGGAAUGGAGUGAUACGCAAUUAAUGGAAAUAAGAACCAGAGAAGCCGCUAUAGCGAAUUUGCAUGAUAUCUUAAGAGCGAAUGAUGUUACCAUUUAGAGACGAAGCAGUGAUCGUAAGUUCAAGAACAGGCUCUUCUAAUUUAUGGUUUUAUCUCAGCAUCGAAUUUAUAAUUGGUGCUAUCAUCUCUGGUUUCUUAAUUAUACUUGGAUUAGUAAAAUCCUUCCUGCCAAAACGACCUAGGGAUUUAACCGGCGAUGUAGUUUUGAUUGCUGGUGCUUCAUCAACACUCGGCGCAUCGCUCGUCGAGGAAUUCGCGAAGAAUGGAUGUUCUGUGAUUUGCAUAGAUAACGAUCUCAGAUUUGUGGAGGAGAUAACUAGAAGGCUGAAAUUGCAGAGUAACAAGAUUGAGUUGACUUGUAACAAGGUAGAAGAAAUCGGACUCAACUAUAGAAAAUACAGGUCGGAGAAUACAGAGUCUACAAUAGCGGCGUAUAAGUGUGAUUUAUUGAAUCGUAAUGCGAUCCGCAAGAUCGCUAAGAAGGUCGAGGAUGAAGUCGGUGGCAUCGAUGUGUUAGUGACCUGCGUUGGACAAUCUAAUCGGGAUAUCUUCGAUGUAGCUAGCACAACUCUCAUGAGCCAUUACUGGACAAUGCUGGCAUUUUUGCCGUCCCUUCUACGACGCGAUAGAGCGCACAUUAUCGGAAUUACGCCAGUUGCAUCCAAUCAGGAUGCGUACUCCAGUUCAAGGGUGGCGAUUGCCGGACUGAUGGAAAGCUUGGGUCAAGAAUUAAGCAAUCAUAAUAAUAAUCUUACCUUCCUCGCAAUUUCGCCGAUGGUGAUGCGCAGUAAUUUGAUAAGACAAAAAGAGCAAGAAGUAGCCAAGGAAGUCAUACAGGCAGUCAGCAUGGGCAGUCAGGAAUAUAGUUUUAUUAUUGUUUGGUGUUUAAAACUGUAUAAAAUCUGUUGUGGGAUCUGUAAUGCACUAAUAGCUUGCUACACAGUACCUUUCCACACGAGGGGGUGAAUCUUUUUAAAUUCUGUUCCUGCUCAUGAAGCGUGAAGCAUUCCAAAGUCGGCCUCCGACAUGAGUGUGGGAAUUCGCAUCUUCCGUUGGCGAAUUUUAGACAGCAAGUUUCAAUGAUUCCUCGAAAUGCAUGCAGUGAAUAGUAUAGCAAAUAGUUCUUAAGAAUUGAAAAAUUAGGUAGCUAGACUUAUUUUAAUAUCUCUAUUAAUCAUUUACGUAAAUAAGUAUUUUUGUA